GAUGCCAACUGCUGUUAAACCUCAUCGAAGAAGGUGACAUCAUUGCAAUGCGACAACUCGUAUGCGAUCACGGAGAAGCGCAACAGCACGCAUGCGUGUUGAGAUUUUCUAAAAUACCGUCAAGAAAGUAGUGUGCUUUCGUUGAUUCUCAAGGACUGCUCAAACACUGUAUUUGCAGUUUAGAAUGUCAACGAGUGACUUUUAUUUGAGAUAUUAUGUCGGGCACAAGGGAAAGUUUGGACACGAGUUCUUGGAAUUUGAGUUUAGACCAGACGGUAAGCUGAGGUACGCGAACAACAGCAACUACAAGAAUGAUGUCAUGAUCAGAAAAGAGGCGUACGUACACAAAAGUGUGAUGGAGGAACUGAAGAGGAUCAUAGAUGACAGUGAGAUCACCAAGGAAGAUGAUGCACUGUGGCCACCCCCAGACAGAGUGGGCAGACAGGAGCUGGAGAUCGUCAUUGGGGAUGAGCACAUUUCCUUCACAACUUCCAAGAUUGGUUCCUUGAUUGAUGUCAACCAGUCGAAGGACCCAGAAGGCCUCCGCGUGUUCUACUACCUGGUCCAGGAUCUCAAAUGUCUUGUCUUCAGUCUCAUCGGACUACACUUCAAGAUCAAGCCCAUCUAAGAGGAGUGGAUGUUUUUUUCUCUGUUGGAAAAUGUUUUAUGUUCGCGCCGAUUACAACAUUUGUACAUUUACUUUUGAUCGAUCUGUUCUUUUUUUAUUUUAAAUAAAUGAUUGGAAAAAUG